CAGGUUUCUUUUUAACGUGCAUUCACAAUGAAUACGUCACGAAGCAGUUCUUCUUUCCUCAGUGAUGGAUUUGAUCUUAGCUUGACUGGCUCUCAGUUGUCCAUGACUAAGCGCCCCAGCAGUGCUUCACCUGCCAAGCAGCUAGCACGGUCCAUCUCUGUCAUCUCUGAGAACAAGGCCAAAAGGAACACUUUGGUUGAUGCUGGGCUUGGAAAUAUCAAUGGCAGUGGUCCUCGUGCCAUCAACAAUUUACAAAGGUCAAACAGUACAACACAAGUCAGCCAGCAGGCCAGUGCCUCAUUAAGUGAAGAGAGAGCGGACGAUUUCCUGGCUUUGUUUGAUAGUUCUGCGGAUGGGAGGAAAAAGCUGUCCAGUUUGAGCAAGACAUCCCCAGAGAAGAAGACCACUUGGAAUGUUCUGGAUGAGGAGCCCAGAGCUUUCCCAGUUCCUGUUAGUGGUCGCAGCACCAGUACAACAGAUAUGCCAGUCAUGACGAAAAGGAGGGAGACCACAACUGUGUCACCAGCAGCCAACUUUACAGCCAACAAUCGGAGUAACAAGGGAACCGUUGGGAAUUCUGUCACCACAAUGCUGCACAACAACUACUCAACUAUUGAUAAACUUUUGACCCCAAAAAGUUCCAACCAGAAAGCCACAUCUCUGAACAACAUGGUUAAGAUGCCAACUAAUGAGGAAAAUAGCUUGGAUCAGAGCUCCUUUAAGAAAUCACAGAAAAACCUAUCCAGUAAUAAUGUUGUAACAAGAAAUAACACAACCUUGUUGAAGAAGAAGAAGGAAGUGACUGAGGAGGAAGCAGAAAGAAUCCGAUACUUAAAUCUUAACGAUAAAAUGGAUUUUACUCAACUGCUCCAGCACGAUAAUCCAGAUAUCGCUCAUCCCGAUUUAGGAUUCAUACAACAUGUGAACCAUGCAGUGAUUACCAUUCAGCGCUGGUACAGACGUCAUUCGCAGAGACGCAAAGCAAGUCAAGCUGCCCUAAAGCGACUGCUUGCUACUAAAAAACAGGAGAGAGAGCAAGAAAUGUUAGUUGAAAGUGAUCAAGAGCGCCAAAGGAAAAAAAGUGAGGAACGGAAGAAGAUUCGAGAAGAGAAAGCCCGACAAGCAAGGAAGGCUGCCAUCGAGGAACUGCAGCAGAAACGUGCAGAGAAAGCAGCUGAAGAUAAAAGAACUAGUGAGGAAGAAAUUGCCAUGCUGCAAGAAAGGGGGAGGAUUGCAAAGAAAAAAACUAUCAAGCCUAUGUCUGUCAAUAAUACAAGUCCAGUUCAUAGUCGAAUUAAAUCCAAAAAUUCAGUUACAGAUCCAGAAGUGCUUUCUAACCAGAGAACUGUGAGUCCCCUUGCUCCUUGUGUAAAGACAGAAGAACUGCAGAACCAGCCACAGGAUGUGAUUGAGACAGAGAUAUCAGCUGAGGAACAGGGGAUAAUGACAACAAGCCUAACCCAGUCUAAAACAACGCUGAAUGAAGUACUUGACACACUCAAGUUACUGGAGGAAGAACCUAAACUACUCCCUGAACCAAACGCCCAUAAGAAGGAUAAAUAUGCUUGGAUUGAUGGGGAUUGCGACUCCACAUCCUUGACGGCAGAUAAUCUGGAGAAACUGGGGCAAAUUGAGCAGGCUUCAGGCCUGCCAAAUGAUGGCACUCUGCUGUCUGAAGCAAAGCUGCAAAGCAUUAUGAGUUUCCUUGAUGAGAUGGAGAAGUCUGAACAAGAGCGACCGAAGUCUUGUUCCUCAACAGCUCCCAAAGAGGUUCUGCUUUCUGAAGAAGAAUUGUCUCACCUCGAACAAGCUUCAGUCAUGGCAACCGAGGUUACAAGCUCAAUGAUCAGAUUAAAACUGGAAUUUGAGGAAAAGAAACGUGCAAUUGUCAUGUUGCAGACUGCUUUGGCACAGCAAAAAGAAUUGACUGUGCGUCAUAUGAAAGAGACUGAAAGGGAAAUGUGUCAUCGGAUAAAAAUGCAGAAGGAACAGUAUGAAUCAACUAUUCAGCGGCAUCUGGCUUUCAUUGAUCAGCUGAUAGAUGACAAGAAGGGGUUAAAUGCAAAGUGCGAGUCUAUGGUAAAUGAAUUGAAGCAGGUGGACCAGAAAUACACUAAGAAAAUCCAACAGAUGCAUGAGCAGCAUGAACUGGAAAUCAAGAAGUUAAAAGAAAUAAUGAGUGCCACAGAAAAAAUACGCAGAGAGAAAUGGAUAGAUGAGAAAACAAAGAAAAUUAAAGAGAUUACUGUAAAAGGUUUGGAGCCAGAGAUUCAAAAGCUAAUAGCUAAACAUAAACAAGAACUCAAGAAACUGAAAGCAUUGCAUGAGGCUGAACUUCUGCAAUCUGAUGAGCGUGCAGCUCAGAGAUAUAUCAGACAGACUGAAGAACUGAGGGAACAGCUGGAGAGGGAGAAGGAAGAUCUGUGCCAGAGGGAGCGGGAUCUUGCCAGACAAAGAUACGAAAAACAGCUUGAACAAGAGGAGCAAGCUAUCCAACAACAGCGAAGGAGAUUGUAUGCUGAGGUGGCUGAAGAGAAGGAACGUCUCAACCAGCAAGCUGCUAGGAUUAAGCAUGUUCGUCACAAAUAUGAAUCUGAGCUGAGGGAACUGGAACGCUCAGAACGCAAUCUGCAGGAAAAAUGUAAUGAACUUAAGGCACGGCUGAUGGAUGCGGAAGGAGAGACUAUCCGCUUCAAGGGAUUAUUCAGAUAUAAAGAACAAGAAAUAGAAGAUAUCAGAAAGAUCAAUGACAGACUUACAGAAGAGAGGAACAGUUUAGCUGAAGUAAUUCGUCAAGAGUUUGCAGACCGGUUAGUCAGCACUGAGGAAGAAAACAAGCGAUUAAAGACAGAGAUGUCUGAGAUGAGAGCACGUCAUCGUUUGGAAGUGGAGCGAAUCACUAAAGAGAAGGAAGAAGAGCUGGAGGAGGUCCAUAAAAGGGUAAAAGUAGCAAUAGUAAAGAAAGAAGAAGCAGUGAAUAAUCUUCGAAAACAAUAUGAAGCAGCACAUAAAAGAGCAGAUCAUCUUGAAGCUCUACUUGAACAACAAAGAAAGCAACUCCUUGGUAAAUGAACAUGGAGACCAUUAGACCAGAGACCAUUGAGACCAUAAACCUCAUGCUGGGAGUAUUUGCACCAUCGAGUUGAAUAUGUGAGAUGCGCAAUUGUGAUGAUUUGUGCAAAUGCCAUAAGAAUAGCAUUAAUGUUUGUUUUUGAUCGGUAAUCUCAUGUAGUUUAACUGUCCAAAUCAAACAUUCUAGCUAAAUGGUCUUUUUAAAAAUUUUUUUUUAUUUUUCUACAUUAUGUACCGUAAUAUUUUUCUCAAAUUGCAGCCCUUAUUUUGUAUGUUAGCUGUAAUGUGUAGCAUGACAGAAUUUAUAAAGUAUUUCAAUUAGUUUCAUUAUUGCAUAAAAUCUCUUGUAAUUAAAUGACUCUUCUCUGACCCACUUUGUUUAAUUUUGGUUAGAAACGCCUACUUGAAUUUAAGAAAUUCAGUGCCAAGCUGAAGUGAUAAAUAACUGCCAGUAUAGCUUUCUCCCCCACAAUCUAAUUAUUGCUGGACAAAUCACAUGAAGAAGAAUCAUACCAGACUCAGAACAGUAACUCAGUUUCUCUUGCCACAGAUACUGCCAGACCUAGAGUCAUAGAGCUGUACAGCGAGGUAACUCAGUUUCUCUCGCCACAGAUGCUGCCAGACCUAGAGCCAUAGAGUCAUAGAGCUGUACAGCAAGGUAACAGACCCUUCGAUCCAACACAUUCAUGCAGACCAGGUAUCAUAAGUUAAUCUAGUUCCAUUUGCCAGCAUGUGGCCAUGUCCCUCUAAAUGCAUUCCUAUUCAUGUAUGUAUCCAGAUGCCUUUUAAAUGUUGUAA